ACACAAUCCAGAUUCCAGAGCUCUAAGCGCAUUCUGCAAUGGAUGGUCCCUUGGGAGUAGGCCAAUCCCAGCCGCAACAGCAACAGCAACAGCAACAGCAACAGCAACAGCAACCAGAACAACCACCCCCGGCCAAGGUUGUGGAGAGGCUCAACCCUGCCGUACAACAGCAGCUCAACCUAGAAUCCGUCAAGACUAGAGCCAUCAGCCUCUUUAAAGCCAUCUCUCGCAUCCUUGAAGAUUUCGAUCUCAUUGCCCGCACCAAUUCCGUACCCAAAUGGCAAGAUGUACUAGGUCAAUUUUCUAUGGUAAACCUUGAGCUCUAUAACAUUGUCGAAGAUAUUAAGAAGGUUUCAAAGGCUUUUGUUGUUCAUCCAAAGAAUGUCAAUGCUGAAAAUGCUGCCAUUUUGCCUGUUAUGAUUUCAUCAAAACUAUUGCCUGAGAUAGAAGCGGAUGACAAUUCCAAGCGAGAGCAGUUACUCUAUGCAAUGCAGAAUCUGUCUGUACCCUCACAGAUUGAAAAGUUAAAGGCUAGAAUUGACAUGAUCGGAGCAGCUUGUGAAAGUGCUGAAAAAGUCAUUGCUGAUACUCGGAAAACCUACUUUGGCACUCGACAGGGGCCCACGAAUAUCCUGACUUUAGAUAAGGCACAAGCUGCAAAGAUUCAGGAACAGGAAAAUUUAUUGAGACAUGCUGUUAAUCAUGGACAAGGCUUGCGUAUACCCAUGGACCAAAGACAGAUCACAUCAGCACUUCCUGCUCAUCUGGUGGAUGUGCUCCCAGUAGGUGACAGUGUCCAGACUAUUUCUGAGUCAUCUGGAAUGUACCUGAAGAAUACUCCUCCCAUGUCUUCAAAUGCUGUAAACAACCAAGGAACGUUGUUGCAGGCUUCUGGUGGACAACUCGUAGGAAGACCAGCUGCUUCCCCUUCUGGUGCCACUGGGGCAUCAUCCUUCGAUAACACAACAACAUCUCCGCUGCCAUAUGCAAACUCACCUAGGUCUGCCACAAACAUGAUGAAUACACCUUCUCCGCAACAACAAACUCAGCAACAACACCAGCAGCAACAGCACCAACAACAAAGGCAGAGGUUGAUGCAGUUACCACAGCAUCAGCAGCAAAUCCUCGCUCAGCAGCUUAGGCAAUCUCCGAUGACUGGGCUAGGGCAGAACCAGUUGUCACAAUUGCAUGAUUUGCAGGGUCAGGCUCAACAGAAAUAUCAGCUACAUGGUCAAAAUCAAAUGCAAUUUUCUCAGUCGUUGGGGGCCCAGCAAUUCCAGGGCAGACAGCUACCAUCUGGAGCUAUUCAGCAUGGCAUUGCACAAAGUCAAUUGAACCAAGGAAACCAGCUGACUCGUCAUUUGAACCAGAUGUCUAGCACUGCCAAUAGUGCUCUGUUUAAUGCUGCACAGGCUACACCAAAUAACCAGAUGAUUUCGAAUAUGACGGCUAUGAUGCCAUCACAAUCACUUCUGCCUCGGAUGCAGUUUGGAUUAUCUGGUGCCAACCGCACUCUUGGUUCCCAAAAUCUUAACGAUCAGGUGUUCAACAUGGGAGCAGCCAAUCCUACUACCAUGUUGCCUAUACAACAGCAGCAGCAGCAGCAGCAGCAACAAGGUGGUUUUGGAAACAUGCAACAAAACACCCAGAAUCUACAACCUGGUAUGGUACCCAUGCAGCAGAACCCACAACAGAACCAUAAUAACUUCCAACAACAUAGACAAAACCAACAGUGAUCCUAGGCCUGACUUCUGUUGUACAAUUUGAAUUUUGUUUGUUUCUUUGUUUUUUACAUAACAAUUAUGUGAUUGUAACUAAAGUUUCUUUCUGGUGAUUAGAAA